AUGAACGUCCUGCGCGGGCAGGUGGGUGGAGAGAUCAGCGUGGAGAUGGACGCGGCUCCUGGCAUCGACCUCACCAAGAUCCUGGCUGAGAUGCGGGAGCAGUACGAGAGCCUGGCGGACAAGAACCGCCGCGACGCCGAGCAGUGGUUCUUCAGCAAGACGGAGGAGCUGAACCGGGAGGUGGCCAUCAACACGGAGCAGCUCCAGAGCGGCAAGUCGGAGAUCACCGAGCUGCGCCGCACCAUCCAGAGCCUGGAGAUCGACCUGCAGUCCCAGCUCAGCACGAAAGCAGCGCUGGAGGGCACCUUGGCCGACACAGAAGCCCGCUAUGGCACCCAGCUGGCCCAGCUGCAGGUGCUG